CAGCGGAAGUCCCGCCCAGCCUCGGAGAAGCUUCCGGCUCUAACUGCUCGGGGUUUACGCGGACGCAGCGGAGCUAGAGGGGCCGAAAUGGUGCUGCUGGAGAGCGAGCAGUUCCUGACAGAGCUGACCAGGCUCUUCCAGAAGUGCCGGACAUCGGGCAGCGUGUACAUCACUUUGAAGAAGUAUGAUGGUCGCACUAAACCCAUCCCCAAGAAGGGUCCUGUGGAGGGCUUUGAGCCCGCAGACAACAAGUGUCUGUUAAGAGCUACGGAUGGGAAAAAGAAGAUCAGCACUGUGGUGAGCUCCAAAGAAGUGAAUAAGUUUCAGAUGGCUUAUUCAAACCUGCUGAGAGCUAAUAUGGAUGGUCUGAAGAAGAGGGACAAAAAGAACAAGAAUAAGAAGACCAAACCAGCACAGUGAAGGGCACCGCAUUCCCUGGUUUCACCAACUAACCACUGAAUUGCUAUUUUUCCUUUGAUUUUUCCUUUUGGCUACAUAGCUAGGUUUCUGCUUCCCCCGCAGUAGCUGUUUUCAUGUAAGAUUUAGGGUCAUUUUGAAGAGAAGAAAGGUUACAGUGUUUAUAAGGUAGUUGGUGGUAAGAAGCCAGUUUAUUUUAUAUCCGGCUCAUUGGUUUGUGCUGCAUGGUUGUAUAGCCCUGGAUUAUAGAUUAGAAGUUUCUGUAGUCAUCCCUGUGAAGAACAAUGUAUCAUUAAAUAUGACUGUUUAUCAGCA